CAGUUUUCCCGACACCCGUUCAUGCCUGCCCCGGUGUGGCCAGAGUGCCUGUCUUAGAACUGUUAGAAAUCAUAUACAAAUACUGCUUGGCGGAAGAAAUCAGUUUGCUGAGUGGAUCACCGCGGGAGACCCUGGAGAGCACCGAAACUCAUCCAACAGGCUGCUGGCGAGGACACCCGAGCUGGAAGCUGGUUGGAACCCGGGUGCCUGUGCCAUGGACCCUCAGGUCAGCAAUGGUGCAGGCCUCCGGGAUGAGCACUUCACAGAGUUACUGGUGUUUGGUUUCCUCCAAAACUGCUCCAAGUGUAAUUUCCACAACGAGCUGGAGCUGCUGGGCCACGACCUGCCCCAGCAUGAUCACCUGCAGGAGGAGCAACAGGAUGAGCUGCAGACAGAUGGCAACCGGUGCAGCUACCUGAGGAGGGAGGAGAGAGAUUCUGAGAAUCUAGAAGAGAUCAUCCAGGAUAUUGCCAGGCAGCUCGCCCAGGUUGGGGACAGGAUGGACCGCAGCAUACACCCAGCGCUUGUGGACCACCUGGCAGUGCAGUUCAUGAAUGUGAGCCUGUCGGAGGAGGACAGAACGAGGUGCCUCUCUACUGCUCUGGAGGAGGUCAUGCAGACCUGCCCUAAAGACCUGGAGGGGGAGAAGACUGUGCUUCUGUUGGCCAUGAUGCUGGCCAAGAAAGUGGCUGAUCACACCCCGUGCCUGCUCCGUGGCGUCUUUCACACAGCAGUGAAUUUUAUUAACCAGAACCUGUUCACCUAUGUGAGGAACUUAGUCAGAAAUCGGAUGGACUGAGUAGUUGACUCCAUAGAAGCAUGUCUGGUUAAAACUUGACACGGCGACAAGCAGCAUGCCAGCCUCCAGCCGACAUAGAGCCCUGGCCAUUUAAAUGAAGGUUUCAGAGAAGAUGGGCAUGAGAUGAUAGCUAUUUAUUUCUAUUUUAAGGAAUGAUGUUUCAAAACACUUGAAUGAAAAUGUCCAAAUGAACACUGACCGAGUUUCAUGCCAUCUUCUAAGUCCACCGCACAUGUGCCUUUAUCUUACUUCGACUGUACAGCUCCUCACUUCAAAUUAAAUUUUAAAAAGCAUAUUGUAAGGCAGAAGGAAAAACACAAUUUUUUUUAUUAAAGAACUUUACUGUUAAAGUACACCCCUGGGGCAGACCUUGGAGCGGGCAGUGUCGUGUGAGGGGAGCAAGGAUUAGAGGAGGCAUUUCGAGGAGGGUGCCCAUCCCUCCAGCUCAUGCGAACUCCUCUCGAAGGAACAUCGUAAUACUAAGGCAGCAACAGUCUUCCUGUUUAAAAACCGAAGGGUACAGGUUUUGUACUGGUGUGCGGUACUUAAACAAGGAGGAAAGGUCAUCUGUUUGACAUUUUUCAACUUGAUUUCCUUUUUUUUUUUUUUUGAGACAAGAAGAACUAUAGGUGAUUAAAAGGUGUGAAGGGGACUUAAGGGCCCAUGGCAACCACAGUUUCCAAAGUCAGGUGACUAAAUGCACCUUUUUUCCCUAAGAAGUCCUGACUUUGAUAACCAUUUUAAGGGGGUGGAGUACCAGAAGCUGCUGUGUACACCCUGUGGGGAAUGUAUGCUAAGAAUCUUUUUAUUUUCACUUCUCCACCAUGUUGUUCAGCUUGACCAUGCCUAAGAAGCUGCAGCUGGAGAGAACAGACUUCUAGGCAUAAAAGAGGAGAAAGAACAGACUUAAAAAUUCAAUUAUUGAGGUGGUUUCCUCUCCUAGCGACGCAGUCAGAAUACAAUAAACCAGGGAGCACUUCCAUGAGAAACAGUGUGACACUGGGCUGUUCUCCCCAGCAUGUUUCCUGGAAUUCCCUUUAAGAGAAGUAUGGUGAUGAUGGCUGGGUCUGUACCACACACAGUACCUUCAACAGCAGUGCUCUUGUUACUGUGAACAGGAAGGCUCUGAACCAGAAUAAUUAGGUACUAAUAAAUACUUUGUUACCAAAA